AAAAGGAAAGAAGUGAAUUGUCGAGAGCAAAUCAAAACUGAGCCACUUUUAGCUUCACUGCAGCUGUUUCUGCCAAAGAGCUGGGUUGGAAAAUAGUCAUAAGAAAUCUACAAUGCAUUGCACCAAAUUGCUUCAAAUCACCAUUAUCCUCGUACUAGUGGGGACAAUCUUCGGAAUUAGCUCAUAUCUCCGACCAAGCAGGGUUACCACAAACUGCUGCAAGAAAGUGUCAAGAAGGCCAAUUCCCUUUCAUAUCACACAUUAUAAGCUGCAGAAUGCUCUUUUUCCAUGCGUGGAAGCUAUAAUUUUCUACACAUCGGAGAGAGGAGCUUUCUGUUCAGAUCCUUCCGCACGCUGGGUAUCGAGAAAGAUUGUAGCGAUCAUCAACCAGACGGAAAAUGGCAGCACCUAAGAAUAGCAAAGAGAUGAAGACAGAAAACAUUUUUGUCUUGCUCUUUUGAUCUCCAAAUCAACUCUUUCUUGCAGAAACUCCAAAAAUUCCAGAUUUUCUGCUAUGAAUGAUGUUCAAAUAAAACUUCUAUUUGAUAUUGGAAUCCACUAAUUCUCGCAAAACACGAUUAUAUAGUCAUUUUUAAUGAUAAGCAUGAACAUUUUUUGACUCUCAUGCUACAAAUUAAUUUUUUAGGUCAACUACAACAUUCGGGCUUAAUAAAAUUAUUCAGGUAUAGAACAUCAGAAUACAUUCAAAUAUUUGACUGUAAUCCUACAAUUUUUUAAUUAUUUGAUUACAUAUCUUGGUUUUACUUAUUAUACAAAACAUAGAAGUAAGCAUUGUAGUCACCCAAAAAGGGAAUGUUAAAAUUAUUUAGAUAUGGUGUGACAAAAGACAGGAAUAUGGAUUCCCAGGCCCUGCUGUCAUUUUGUGCGGAUGUAGUGCAAGCAAUAGGGGAUUUACUAACCUGCUUCUUGCUGGAAACUGGGGCACAAUUAUUUGUCCUUGGGUGGGGGUAGGGGAGAAAGCAAAUGAUUAGGAAGCAACACCUUUGGGUAAGGGAAAUCUGAUAUACUGGCUCACAAUUGAGGGAGGGGUUAGGGAUUGUGGUACUCUGCCUACGAGGAGGAGAAGGCAAGGUAGUGGUGAGGGAUCAACAGUCAAGAAAUUGGCUCCAAUGCUUUGGAGAGCCAGUGAGAUGUAAAAAUAUCAGUGAAGUAAUAUAUUUUACCAUUUGAAAUGUGACCAUAACAUGAUACCAGAGAGCACCAUUACAUCGGAGGCUCCAAACUAAGUCUUCAGAGACUUUCUGGUUCCAAUUACAAAGCCCGUCUUAAGGUGCCAAAUGCUGUUUUGCUCUUUAAUUGUUAACAUCACAUUUUGUGCAAAGGCAUAUGUGGCAAUUAAAAAUGCUCAGAACAUGAAACUGACACAACUGAAUUUCUAGUUUUAUACUCUUCAUGUAAUAAACAUUUUUCUUUUGUGCAAUUUAUAGCUUUAUGUUUUUUCAGGUAUGAGAAUCGAGAGACAUAUAGUUUAGCUGGAUAAUGAAUGUGAAGCAGGUAAACUACGAUCUAACUUAGGCUGAAGGAAGUGACUGACCUACUGUAAGCUCCACAGUUGUCAGCCAUUAGAUUCUUGAACGCAAAGAUGAAACAUUGCUUGAGAUUGCUGCAAGUUAGUCGUGCAUUUCAGGUAACAUCAUAAGGAAGCUUUAGUCGCUAAUGUUAAAACAAUGCCAGGGAAACUGCAAGAGCAAUAGUUUAGAUUAUUGAACAAUUUCUGUCUCUGAGGAUUCUUUUAUAGACUUGUUAUUGGAUUUAUUACAUUUAUUUUUCCAUUCUAUAUAGUUGGAUUGCUGUUUCACUUCUUAAUAAAAAAAUAAAUGUGGGUAUCAAA